UCCCUUUGGCACUGGACCAAGUCUACCAUGACAGAUCAAAGCGCCGGGAGACCUAUGUUGCUCCUGUUACCUCUUGCUCUUCUUCUUGCCGGAGUUCGUGCUUGGACCAUGCCAAAGCCACUACUGCUCACGCGGCCCUCCUUGUCUCGGUCUUCCCUCCUUGGCCUAUCCCGCCCUGGCCACAUUAGCCCCCCACGCUUCCCCUCCAUCGCCUCCUCUUCGUCCACCUCUCAUCUAACCCGCCGCAUGGCCACGGAGGACGGCCCAGAAAAAGCCAACAAGCUCCCGAUGCUCCUAGACGUGGAAACCCGCGGAGGUAUCCUCUUCGUGUCCACACUCGUCACCGCCGCCAUCUUUGCGGGCUACAACGUUGCCACGGCCCUGGGCGUGGACGGGUUGCAAGCAGGCAUCUACAUCUCGGUGGCCAUGACCCUGGGUAUGGUGGCGUGGACCUUUACCUACAUCUUCCGGGUGGCGAACAAGGACAUGACCUACGCGAAGCAGCUGAAGAAUUACGAGGACGCUGUCCUGGCCAAGCGGCUGGAGGAGCUGGAGGAGGAGGAGGUGGAGGCGUUGAUGGAGGAGGUGGAGAAGGAGGGGGCCAAUAUGAAACAGGGCGGGCUGUAAGAUCGUGAAAUUUGUAUUUUGGUGCGAUGCUCAGGCAGGGCACUCCAGGCGCGGGAGGAGGCAGAUGUAUCGGGAGCAAGAGGAGGUAAAGGCCCGAGCAGUGGAUAGCCACAUGCCGGACGCCGACGCAAAUCGCAAAAGAAUAAAAAUCUGUGAACGUUGCACCAAGUAA